AUGAAGAUAGCAAGCAUGAUGAAAGAAACGAUUCUGGGCGAAAAUAGUUCCGAUACAAAGGAGAAAAACUUUAUUACCAUUGGCCCUCCUGUGGAUGAAGACGAAGGCUCCCUCGAAGAGAUCACUUCGUUUGCAGGCGUCGAUAAAAAGCACGCGGUCGGUGCCGAAUUCAUUAAUGAACUGUUUGAUACUGAUUUUGAUGCAGACUUGGACUAUGCAAAACUUAGACGUAAAAUUGAUACCUGGCUUCUACCAGUGCUUUGCGUCACUUACAUGUUGCAGUUUUUAGACAAACUGUCGCUGAAUUACGCAUCGGCCUACAAUCUAAAGGAAGAUUUGCAUCUUAAAGGAAAUGAAUAUGGUGAUAUAGCAGCGAUUUUCAAUGCGGGUUACAUGGUCGGUACUAUCCCAGGCAAUUGGCUCAUUCAGAGGGUGCCUGUCGCUAAGUUUACUGGAUGCACACUGCUUGUGUGGUCUAUCCUACUUGUUGCUCACAUUGGCGCAAGAAACUACUCGGACAUGAUGGCACUGAGAUUUUUACUGGGAAUUAUGGAGGCUACAAUUUCUCCAUCAAACAUGAUGAUGUGCGGGAUGUUUUACAACAAGCAAGAACAACCAUUCAGAAUGUGUACGUUUCUUUCCAUGAACGGCAUAGCAACCAUGGUUGGUGCGUUGCUUUCGUAUGGUUUGGGACACUGCACGAAUAGCAGUCUAGCGCCAUGGAAACUGAUCUUUCUUGUCAUUGGACUCAUCAAUUUCGCCUGGGCUUUAAUAUUUUUGUAUUUGGCACCAGAUUCCCCAACUAACGCUAGGUUUUUAUCACACGAGGAGAAGUUAAAAGUCAUCAAUAGAGUCUCCAAAAAUCAAAUGGGUAUCAAAGACACUAAGUUCAAAUUCUCACAGGCUUUGGAAGCCCAAAAGGACUUAAACUGUUGGAUUUUGGCGCUCAUCGGUCUAGGUUGUGGCGUCAUUAACGGAGGCACAUCCAAUUUCAUUUCGUCUUUGAUCAAAGGCUUCGGAUUUUCAGGCUUGAACGCAACAGUUCUGCAACUGCCGACCGGUGCAAUCGAGUUUGUUUGUGUCUUUACGGCCGGUAUGUUGGCCAUCACAAGUAAGAAAAACAUUAGAACGAUUCUUCUAUUCAUGCUGUGCACACCCACUUUAGCUGGCUUAAUUGGAAUUCAUCUAAUCCCACUCGAGCACAAAUGGGCCUUGGUUGGAUGCUGUUGGCUUUUGUACAUCAUUGGCGGCCCAAUCAUCAUGUGUUGGAUUUUGAUUAACGCAACAGUAGCUGGCUCUUCCAAAAUUACAACCGUGAAAAUAUCAUGGUUCCUGUGCUAUACUGCAGGCAAUAUCUGUGGAUCUAAAAUUAUGUACCCUGAUGAAGCUCCGAAGUACAUUAGCGGUAUGAAGGGUUUAAUAUCUUCCUACGCAGGAAUCAUGUUUCUCUCGAUAGUAUACUAUGUUAUGAUGUACUACCGAAACAAGACGAGAGACAUGAAGUACGGGAAACUCACCCCAGAAGAUGUGAAGGAGGGCGUUAUCAAUGGCUUCAAAGAUCUGACCGAUUUUGAGAAUGCCUACUUCAGAUAUUCAUAUUAA